AUGAUUCACGAAGACAGUCGAGGAUUCACGAAGACAGGCGAUGAUUCACGAGGAGAGGCGAGAAUUCACAAGGACAGUCGAGGAUCCUCGAAGACAGGCGAGGAUUCAAGAGGACAGGUGAUGAUUUACGAAGACAGGCAAGGAUUCACGAAAACAGCCGAGGAUUCACGAAGACAGGCGAUGAUUCACGAAGACAAUCGAGGAUUCACAAAGACUGGCGAUGAUUCACGAGGAGAGGCGAGGAUUCACGAGGACAGGCGUUCACGAGGAGAGGCGAGGAUUCACGAGAACAGGCGUUCACGAGGACAGGCGAGGAUUCACGAGGACAGGCGAGGAUUCAAGAGGACAGGUGAUGAUUCACGAGGACAAGCGAUGAUUCACGAGGACAGGCAAGGAUUCACGAGGACAGGCGAGGAUUCAAGAGGACAGGUGAUGAUUCACGAGGACAGGCGAUGA